AUGAUUUUUAUAGCUUUACUUCCUUUGAUAUCCAUACUAUUAUCACUAUUAGUUGUGAGAAUUAGGGAUUUGUAUAGUAAAACCAAUGCACAAUAUCUUAUAGCUGGUGCUUUUGCUACUUUGGUGUUGCUUGCAUCUGGGACACUUGCUGUUGCCCCUUAUGUUGAGUUUUUGUCUUCAGUUGCAGUCUUUAAUGUAUCUCUUCCUGUUGCCUUGAGUUUAUCUAUACUAUCUACUUUAAUACUCUCACUUUCAUGCAAGAUGAUUAGUAAUAAUAAGAAAAUAGAGGUUGAGAAAAAUAAGUUUGCUGAAAAAGAGCAAAAGUUAGAAAGCGUAGAACAACAAUUUGAGAGUAAGGUACAAGAGUUAGAAAAUAAAAUAACUCUAGAAAAAGAAGCUAAAGAAGCUGUAAUCAAAGAAGUGGAGAAAUUGAAUAAUCAACUAAAUGAAUUAACUCGAGAAAAGAGUUAA